UUGCCCAGAAAGUUGCUGUGAAAUGCCAGCGAUAAGUACCGUAUUUAUUCUCCUCCUCCUGCUCUACGUGAUUGUACAGUCCGUGAAACUGCAAUGGAAGAAAAGGCAAUUUCCACCCGGGCCGGUUCCUCUCCCAAUCAUUGGAAGUUUAUGGCAGCCGAAAUUCGUUCGAUUACAUCGUGAUACCCUGAUGGAGGUAACAAAAACCUUUGGGGACAUCUACACUUUAUGGCUUGGUCGGUACCCUUUGAUUGUAUUGAAUGGAUACCAAGGGUUAAAAGAUGGCCUCACGAUCCACCCUGAAGAUUUUUCUGGCCGGCCAUUAACCCCUUUCUUCCGAACUAUGGGGAAAAAAAGGGGUAUUAUGCUGGCGACUGGCAAUACAUGGAAGACUCAGAGGCGAUUUUCCAUCAUGAUCCUUAAGACCCUGGGCCUGGGGAAGAGAAGCCUGGAAUACCAGGUCCAAGAGGAAGCCUCCCACCUGGUGGAAUCGUUUAGGGACCUGAAAGAAAAGCCCACAAGUCCUUCUAUGAAUCUCAUGUUCGCCGUUUCAAAUGUGAUCUGUGCCGUCGUCUUUGGCCACCGUUUCUCCAACGACAACCAAAGGUUUCGUCAGCUGCUGGAAACUGUUGAGCAUAUGUUCAAACUUGGAGGUACUUUCUGGCAAUAUCUCUAUGAUAUGGUACCCUGGCUUAUGGACUACAUCCCAGGUCCUCACAAUGAUAUGUUUUCUGCCUGUGACACCAUACGUGCGUUCAUAAGGUCGGAGAUCCAUCGGCACCAGGAAAGAGGCGCUCCACAGGAGCCAGAAGACUUUGUUGAUUAUUACAUUGCUCAAAUAGAGAAGACCAAAGAUCAGCCAAACCCAGACUAUGAUGAAGACAACAUGAUCCAGAGCAUAUUUGACCUGUUCUUGGGUGGGACAGAGACAUCCAGUGUCACGCUCUCCUGGGCGUUGCUGUAUAUGGUGGCUUAUCCUGACGUCCAAGCAAAAGUCCAGAAGGAGAUAGAUGCCGUUUUGUCUCCCUGCCAAACCAUCUGCUAUGAGGACCGCAAGAACUUGCCUUACACGAACGCCGUGAUUCACGAAGUCCAGCGUUUCAGCAACGUUAUCUCAACGGGGAUGCCCAGGUUAUGCAUAAAAGACACAAUGAUCCGACAGUUUCCUGUUAAAAAGGGCUCUGUAAUAUUUUCAAACAUGGCUUCUUCCUUGUACGAUCCUAAGGAAUGGGAGACACCUCGACAGUUCAACCCAAACCACUUCCUUGACAAAGAUGGGAACUUCAUAUCCCGAGAAGCCUUCAUUCCAUUUUCUCUAGGGCAUCGAGUAUGUUUGGGAGAACAUCUGGCAAGGACAGAACUCUUUCUUUUCUUCUCCAACCUCAUGAGGGCAUUCAACUUCUCUCUGCCAGAUGGAGUAAAAGAAGUCAACAUUGAACCGAUUUGGGGGGCAACCUUGAAGCCACAACCCUUUGAGAUCUGUGCUGUUCCUCGAUAG